AUGCACAAAGAUAUUCUCAAAGUUGUAUUGAUUGGAGAUGGCGGUGUAGGCAAGACGAGUCUCCGUAACCAAUAUAUCCACAAAAGAUUUACCAAUGCGUAUAAAGCGACGAUUGGUGCUGAUUUCAUUACAAAGGAAGUCGAAACCGACGAUGGUAAAAAGGUUACGAUUCAAAUCUGGGAUACAGCGGGCCAAGAGAGAUUUCAGUCGUUGGGUGUAGCCUACUAUCGAGGAGCAGACGCCUGUGUUUUGGUGUAUGAUGUUAACAACUUUUUGUCUUUUCAACAUUUAGAACGAUGGAGGGAGGAUUUCUUGAAGCAAUCAUCAUUGCCGGCCGAAGAAGCCAAGAUUUUUCCCUUUAUUAUGAUUGGAAACAAGAUUGAUAUUGACGAUAGAGUGGUAUCAAGAAGACAAGCCAGAGCUUGGGCCGAAGUUCAUUCCAGCGACAGGAUGCAGAUUCCAUGUUUUGAGACAAGUGCGAAAAAUGGAGAUAACGUAGAAAAGGCAUUCGCUCAAAUAGCAAAAAUGGUAAAAGUGCCUCAAAUGGAACUAGACAUGAAUGAAAGCCAUUCCUUUUCAUUAACGAGUGACACAAGAUCUGUGAAGAAAGGUUUCUGCUGUUGA